GCCCGCGCCCCCGACACUGACCCAGCACCAUGGCCGCGACCGCGCCCCUGCGCGACUGCCAGGCUUGGAAGGAUGCCGGGCUCCCUCUCUCAACCCCAAGCAACGAGGCCUGCAGGCUGUUUGAUGCCACCCUGACCCAGUACGUGAAAUGGACCAAUGACCAGAGUCUUGGUGGCAUUGAGGGCUGCCUGUCAAAGCUCAAAGCAGCAGAUCCGACCUUCGCCCUGGGCCACGCCAUCGCUAAUGGCCUCAUUCUGAUUGGCACCGGAAGCUCCGUGAGGCUGGACAAGGAGCUGGACCUGGCUGUGAAGACGAUGGUGGAGAUUUCCAAAACUCAGCCCCUGACGCGGCGGGAACGGCUGCACGUGUCUGCAGUAGAGACCUUUGCCAAGGGGAACCUUCCAAAAGCCUGUGAGCUGUGGGAACAGAUUCUCCAGGACUACCCGACAGACAUGUUGGCCCUGAAAUUUUCCCACGAUACCUAUUUUUACCUGGGCUACCAGGAACAGAUGAGAGAUUCUGUGGCUCGAAUUUAUCCCUUCUGGACACCCGAGAUCCCCCUUAGCAGCUACGUGAAAGGCAUCUAUUCUUUCGGACUGAUGGAAACUAACUUCUACGAUCGGGCGGAAAAGCUCGCCAAAGAGGCUUUGUCUGUUAACCCGACGGACGCGUGGUCGGUGCACACCAUCGCCCAUAUUCAUGAGAUGAAAGCAGAGGUCCAGGAUGGAUUGGAGUUCAUGCAGCGCUCAGAAACCCACUGGAAGGACUCUGAUAUGCUUGCUUGUCAUAAUUAUUGGCACUGGGCUUUAUAUCUGAUUGAAAAGGGCGAAUACGAGGCCGCAUUGACCAUUUAUGAUGACCACAUCCUCCCCAGCCUGCGGGGCAGCAGCGCGAUGCUGGACGUGGCGGACAGCUGCUCCAUGCUCUACCGGCUGCGCAUGGAAGGGGUGUCUGUGGGUGAGCGGUGGCAAGAUGUCCUGUCUGUGACCCAGAAGCACAGCCGAGACCACAUCCUGCUCUUCAACGAUGUGCACUUGCUGAUGGCGUCCCUGGGCGCUGGGGACUCCCGGACCACACAGGAGCUGCUGACCACCCUGCGGGAUGCCAGCGAAUCCCCGGGGGAGAACCACCAGCACCUCCUGGCCCGCGACGUGGGGCUGCCCUUGUGCCAGGCCCUGGUGGAGGCCCAGAGUGGGAACCCCGACGGCGUGGUGGAACUGCUCCUGCCCAUCCGCUACCGGAUUGUUCAGAUCGGAGGCAGCAACGCCCAGAGAGACAUCUUCAACCAGUUACUGAUUCACGCGGCCUUAAACUGCUCGUCCGGCAUCCACAAGAACGUGGCCCGGAGCCUUCUGAUGGAGCGAGACGCCUUGAAGCCCAACUCCCCACUGACUGCGAGGCUCCUCCGCAGGGCGGCCGCCGUCCACCUCCUGCAGUGA